AUGGGAGGGAAAUUUAUUCGUGCAACAUGUUUCGAUGUUAAUAAUGAUGUGAGGCAUCUCUAUCUAUCUAUCUAUCAUAUUCUGUCUGUAUAUGGAGCUCAAAUAGGAUCCUAUCAAAUGUCAACUAUGACAUCUGUCACCAAAGACCAAAGAAGUUCCUCGAGGAACAUCAUUCAUCGUUGCCAUGUUAUUGUUAUUGGAGCUGCCAGUAGUAGUAGUAGUAGUAGCAGUAUCUCAACCUCAUCGAGAGUUUCAGCUGAUGAAAGAAUGAUAGGUCAGUUGCUAUUGCAUACAUAUCAAGCAUAUCGUACUGCUAAUGUUACUACUACUGCUCCAUCCAACCACCCACCUCAACCAUCCAUCCAACAACAGUACAAGAUAAGAGACAGACAAAGAGACAGACAUAGAGAGAGAGAGAGAAAGAGAUAA